AUGGAUUUCAAGACUCUGUAUCAACUUAGUCAUGAGUAUGCCGAGCAUGCGCUGAAAAUGCGACCUUUUUUGGCCUCUGAAGCUCAAGUCAAGCAGUACCAAAUGCUGAUUUACCACGCGGUAAACGCGCUAAAAUUGAUCAAGUCAAGCCACCAGCUCAGUGCCGAACAAGAUGUAAUUGUCACGCUAGAGCUUUGCGAUUUGCUUGUGCAGGAAACCUACGACUUAGAUUUAGCCGAAAUGUACCUGUCAAGUGUGUACGAACGCCUUUACGGUACGCCUUUGCUUCACCAAAAAAUGCUCAUUACAUCUGCUCUUGUACAGGUUGCAAGGGCUAGACGCUCUUCAAAAUACUUUAAAGAUGCCCAACGGCUGGUAACGGGGGCUCUCGCGGAUUUGGAAAGCUCAAAUUCACGCUGGUCAUUGUAUUUCCAAUUUCUUCGCAUUGAACUCGUUGUGGCAAAUACACCGUGCGAUCCUAAGAUACCCAAACUCUACGACGCUCUUAUAAACAGCUGUGAGACGAUCCUGGAUAUGCAAGUGUUUGUUAUAUGCUCUUAUGUUUGCUAUCAACUCAGUCAGAACCUAACUAUCGAUACGGUGCACCUCGAUACGCUUUACUCGUUUCAAGACGAAAAGCUACCUGCACAACUCAGGCUUUGGAAAAUUUUGACUGAGUUAUUGAUCCUGAUACAUCGCGAUCGUAAUAUAACCACAAAGCUUACCGAGUUCAAGGAUCUUAUAGCAAUCCAUAAGAGGAAGCUAGGAAACUCCACAUUUAGUUUGCAUCUCGACGAGUUAGUUUCAAUCUCAGUCGAUACUCCCAUUGUUCGCUACAAAGAUUUCAAGAAUAUCAUUCUGCUGUUUCAGAGUGUGAGCUACCUAACUAAUUGCUAUGAUAAGAAGGCCAACUUUUCGUUGAGAUUCUUGCCUAAAAUUCGAAUAGCUGCUGAGGAGCUCAAGCAGGUAUCGGAAGCAAUUGAUUCGGAGCUGAUUCACAGUCGAAGGAGCUUUUACAAACUUAUUAGCGAGCUUUGCGAGUAUUACAUGUGCCUGGAAAGUUUGAUAUUAACCGGAAGCUGUGCUGACAUCGAGGAAAAGUCCGAUUACUCUCUACUUAUUAUUGCAAUGAAAGCUCAAUUGAAUCAUGACACGAAAACUGCUUUGGGAAAGUUUUCUAUGCUUCAAGGUCCUCAAACCUCACCAGAGUUUCAAUUGAUUGGCCUGUGCUCAAUUUUCACCAUUCGGAUAGCCGCUAUGAGUAAGGCUGGAGGAAUGGUCUCAUUCCCGGAGUACCAAGAAGUUAUUGAACUUUGGAAAAGCAUUAACGCACUGUUCGACUCACAUAAUUUCCAGCAAAAUCAUAUCUGGAACUGCACUAUUGUCGUUUUGUGGAUCUGCAGUCACUUUCAACCCUUUACUACUUCGAAGCUAUCGAAAGAGGAUGACGCAGGGUUCUUGGAAAAGCUCAAUUUUUACUUCUCGGCUAAUAGUUUUGCUCGCAUCACCAAAAGUGUACCUGAGGGCUCUCUACAAAACACCGAAUCUGCACCUGUGCUAAAAAAAUCUCUCCUUUUGCAUUUCCUUUUGAAUUAUCUAGCGAGUGCCGUUCUCGUUCAUGACCUUGAAGAAAAGUGCCUGAUAACUAAUACCUGCUUUCAUCUUGGAAAGCAACAACAUAUGCCAUUAAUGGAGUAUACGUCUGGUCUGUCACACUUGUUGAACUGCGGGUUAGCCAUGAAAAGUAAGGAUGUCUCGAUCACGAGGAGCAGGUUAAAAGAAGUUGUUAACGGUCUAUUAACAGAAGGAUUUCAGCGAGAAGCAGCACCAGUUGCCAAAUAA